AAAAAAUUAAAUCCAACACAAACUCUAUUUGUGAUAAUUUGGUAAUUUUAGUAAUUGAUGUUGAAUUUAAAUUUUUUUUUUUAGCUGGAUACCUCUUAUCAGCCGCUUAUGGAAGAAGAGGAAGAAUUAGAACAAUCAAGCAAUGCUUCCUCUCCAAGACAAAUUUCUUCACGAGAUUUUGAACAUACCGAACAAAUAUCAAAAGAUAGAGAUACAGCAGGUGUUGCUUUAUACGUUUAUUUCAUUGCUGUAGUCGUUGCUAUAGGUGGAUUCUUGUUUGGAUAUGAUACUGGAGUUAUAAGUAGUGCUAUGUUACUGCUUGAACAAGAUUUUACCAUGACUGCAUUACAAAAGGGAAUAGUAGUUGGCGCCACAACGUUAGGAGCUGUAUUUGGCGGAGCUGUAGCUGGAUAUUUAUCGGACUGGGUCGGAAGAUGGAUAACGUCAAUAUUUUCAGCAUUAAUAUUUUUAGGUGGUGCAAUAAUAUUAUCAAUAGCAAAUACGUAUUCGUUAUUAGUUACUGGAAGGUUGAUAAUUGGCGUAGGAGUAGGAUUAGCUUCGAUGGUAGUUCCCAUUUAUAUCAGUGAAAUUUCCCCAAGAAAAUAUAGGGGAAGAUUGGUAACAUUGAAUGUAUUAUUCAUUACUGGUGGGCAAGUUAUCGCUUAUCUCAUAGGAAUUGUUUUUGUAGAGUUUGGAGGGUGGAGAUGGAUGUUUGGUAUCUCUGGAAUUCCUCCUUUAAUUCAAUUAUUCAUUAUGCCAAUUGUACCUGAAAGUCCUAGAUUCCUUAUUAAAAAAGGGAAAAAUGAAGAAGCGAAAAGUGUUUUAAAAAAAAUAUAUCCAGACUCUUCACAUGAUUUUAUAGAUAAAGAAAUUAAUAUAAUUUAUGAGACAAUAGCGGUAGAUGAGGCAGGAUCAUAUAAACAAUUAUUUCAUUAUCCAAAUUUAAAACCACUCAUAAUUGCAUGUGGACUACAAACUAUUCAACAAGUUUCUGGAUUUGAUACUGCAAUGUAUUAUGGUGGAACCAUAAUGAAAAUGGCCGGAUUCGUUAAUAUUAGAGAUGCUAUUGUCUUUUCACUUGUGGUUUCCCUGACUAAUUUCCUUAUGACAGGAGUUGCAUUAUAUAUAAUCGACGGAGUGGGUCGACGUAAAAUACUUAUAUAUACAGUAAUAGCUACAAUAUUGGGAUUACUUUUAUUAGGUUUAGGAUUUUAUUUCACAACAGGAUUCACACCCAAACAACCAAAUUGCAUAGAUUAUGGAGACAAAUGUGGUGCUUGCUUAUUAGAUGAUAGGUGUGGAUUUUCUAAACGUGAUGGCGGGACUUGUUUACCCAGAAACACUAAAAAUACAGCAACUAGCAUUGGUAAAAUUAAUUUCUUUUCACCACUAAAUGGAAAUAAACAAGAGAAUGAUAAUUCUACCGAUGAAGAAUUUUAUGAGAAUUGUCCAUCUUUGAAGCCCAUUUAUACUUGGUUUACUUUAGUUAGUCUGAUCAUUUAUGUCAUGGCUUAUGCUUUGGGAUUAGGGCAUGCGCCUUGGUUAAUACAGAGUGAAAUAUUCCCAUUAAAUGUACGCGGUAGAGCAUCAGGAAUAGGAACAGCAACGAAUUGGUUAUUUAAUUUAUUAAUUACAGUAUCUUUCCUUCCGUUGACCGAAAUAAUAACUACAACGGGAACAUUUUGGUUAUACGCUAUAUUUAUGAUUUUUAGUUGGUUUUUUAUUUAUUUCAUGGUACCUGAGACUGCUGGGUUAUCUCUUGAAGAAAUUCAAGGGUUAUUCUAAUGAGACGUUUGUUGAUCAAAGG